AUGGUUCGCCUCCGAGAGAUUCCCAGGACCGCGGCCUUCGCUUGGUCGCCUGGUUCGGAGAAGCCUCUUGUCGUCAGCGGUACCCGUGCCGGCGCAGUGUCCGAUGACUUCUCCGAUGAGACCAAGCUUGAGCUUUGGGACCUCAACCUAGACGACCAAGACCAGGGACUCGAGCUUCAACCCGUUGCCAGUAUCAGUACCGACUCGAGGUUCUACGACAUUGCCUGGGGUCCAGCCGACGAGGACCACCCCCGUGGCAUCAUUGCUGGAGCUCUCGAGAACGGAUCCCUCGAUUUGUGGGAUGCUGAGAAGCUCAUCGCCGGCGCCGAGGAUGCCUUGAUCUCGAGGACCACGAAGCACACCGGCGCCAUCAAAUCUCUGCAGUUCAACCCCCUGCGGCCUCAAAUCCUCGCGACUGCAGGUGCAAAGGGCGAACUCUUCGUCUACGACGUCAAUGACAUCGAAAAUCCCUUCCGCCUUGGCACCGCUGCGGCUCGGUCCGACGAUCUCGAGUGCGUCGCAUGGAACAGGAAGGUCUCGCACAUUCUCGCUACCGGUGGAUCUGGUGGCUUUGUCACCGUCUGGGACCUGAAGACGAAGAAGGCCAGCUUAACACUGAACAACAACCGCAAGGCUGUCAGCGCCAUUGCAUGGGACCCCAACAACUCGACGAAGCUCCUGACGGCGACUCCUGACGACUCAGCCCCCCUGAUUCUUCUGUGGGAUCUGAGGAACUCCAACGCGCCCGAGAAAUCGCUGCAGGGUCACGAUCAAGGCGUGCUCUCGCUGUCGUGGUGCCAGCAAGACGGCGACCUUUUGAUCUCCAGCGGCAAGGACAACAGGACUCUGAUCUGGAACCCCCAGACCGGAGAGCGCUAUGGCGAGUUCCCCGAGGUUACCAACUGGACUUUCCUCACCCGCUUCAACCCCCACAACCCCAACCUGUCGGCCACGGCAGGAUUCGACGGCAAGAUCGCCAUUCAGACGCUGCAGAACACCAACUCGACCUCCGCGCAGGCCACACAACAGCAGAACAAGCUGGAUGGAGAGGACUUUUUCAACCAGGCGCAGACCCAACCGCAGGGCGCCUCUUUCUCCCUCGCUAAAGCCCCCAAGUGGAUUCAGCCGCCCAUUGGUGCCUCCUUUGGUUUUGGCGGCAAGCUCGUUAUCUUCAAGCCACAGCCGGGCCAGGCCAGGGCUUCCAAGGUCAUCAUUUCCCAGUUCUCGGUUGACUCUGAUAUUGGCACCGCCACGGAGAAGUUUGAGGCCUCGCUGCAGUCCGGCGACCUGGUCGGCAUUUGUGAAACCCACAAGGACCAGGCUGCGACUGAAGAGGAGAAGGCCGACUGGCUUGUGAUGGAGACUCUGACCGGUGAUAACCCUCGGAAGGCCAUCAUUGAGCACCUCGGAUUCACCGAAGAAGAAAUCGUCAACGGCACUGCCGCCGAAGAGACCAAGGAGAAGACCGAAACCAUCUCGGACGCCGAGAAGGAGGCCGAGGAGCCCAAAUCUGCGUCUAAGAGGGUCUCCGGGUUCUUUGCCGAUGGUGAGGGCGAUGGCGAUGAGGACGAUUUCCUCAGCGGCAUCCCUGCUACCAAAGGCGCCAAGACGGAUAGCCCGUUCAACCUGCUCAGCGAGAACGACUCGGCGGUUGAGAAGCAAAUCACCAAGGCGCUUCUGCUGGGCAACUUCACCAAGGCCACCGAGAUUUGCCUGAAGGAGGAGCAAUUUGCUGAGGCCUUCCUACUCGCCAACUGCGGCGGCCAGGAGCUGGUCGACAAGGUCCAGAAAGCCUACUUGGCGCGCAAGAGUGGACGCCCGAGCUACGUCCGCCUGCUCAGCAGCGUCAUCGAUAAGAACCUUUGGGAUGUCGUCUACAACGCUGACCUCGAGAAUUGGAAGGAGACCAUGGCUGUCCUCUGCACGUUCUCAGACCCCCAGGAGUUCCCCGACCUGUGCGAGGCCCUUGGCGACCGUGUCUUUGACCACGGUCUUCGCAAGGAUGCUUCCUUCUGCUACCUUGUUGGAUCCAAGCUGGAGAAGGUCGUCAACAUCUGGAUCGCUGAGCUGCAGGAGGCCGAGAAGGCUGGUCUUACAGAGUCCUCUGACGACUCGACCUUCUCUGUCCACGCGCGCUCGCUUCAGAACUUCAUCGAGAAGGUUACCAUCUUCCGCCACGUUACCAAGUUCCGAGACUCCGAGAAGGAGUUGACUGAGGGCUGGAAGCUGGCUGCUUUGUACGACAAGUACACCGAGUACGCUGACAUUAUCGCCGCCCACGGACAACUCGCGGUGGCCCAGAAGUACCUGGACUUCCUGCCCACCAACCUGGCUUCUGUUGCCGCACCCCGCAGAAUUCCUCAGAUGCCCCCCCCGCACCCGCUUCGGCCCUAUGGGUGCUCCCUCCCUGGCGGAGCACCUCCUUCCAACCGGUAUGCGCCUAGCCCCGCAGCGCAGCAGACGAACCAGCCUCCCCAGGGACCAGUGCCCUCGGCAGGGCCCCCUCUGGGCAGCGCACCGCCCCCAAGGAACCCGUACGCGCCACCGCCAUCUGCGGGAACCCCUCAAAGCCAGUACGCGCCUUCGCCCUACCAGGCGCCUCCGCAGGCAUCCGGUCCGCCCCCGACGGGCCCUCCCCCCGGUGGUCCGCCCCCUUCAGCAGGACCUCCUCCCGGUGGACCGCCUGCGGGCGCCAGGCCGACGCCUCCUCCGCCCAGAGCCUCAGCACCCCCCGCGGCGAGGCAUCCCGCCGACGACCGCAGUCACGUCCCGGCUAAUGCACAGCGCCUAGUUGAGGUGUUCAGCUCGGAUAUGCAAAGGGUCGCUAGCAAGGCGCCAGCGUCGUUCGGGCCUCAGCCUGAUACGAUUGAGAAGCUCAACCAGAUCGCCGAGGCUCUUCAAGCGAGGGACUACGACGGGGCGCAGGCCCUGCAGGUGGAAGUUCAGCGUGAGAAGACGACGGAGUGCGGCAACUGGAUGGUCGGUGUCAAGCGACUGAUCAGCAUGAGCAAGGCUACGCCUUGA